CUUCGUGUAUCUAUUUCUGUUUCCAUUUCUGUAAUUCAGUUUCUCGGCCCUUUUGGGCAUGGGGUUGCUUGAAAAGUUUCUCGGAAGAAAAUCGAGAAAUGAAGAAGUUUCCAAAGAAAGGACUUUGAAAUACGAAUUGAAAGACUAUGAUGAAACUUAUGCCAUCCCCAUGGCAGUUCUCAAGCUGGUCGGACUACGAUUGCAACGGGAAGAUACUGUAAUUGUUAAGUUUCUGUGGAACGUCUUCUACUGGUUUGAGUUCGUGAAUUUGUUCGUGGUUACAUGGUUGGAGCUAAUUAACAUGGGGCAGACGGCAUCAGGUGGCUCCUUCCAGGAUGCUGUGGAAAUCUUUCGCAUGAUGCCUUGCGUUGGGUACCUUCUGCUUGCGAUGGCGAAGUCCUACAAAAUCGUAUACUACCGUCCAGUAUAUGAGAACCUGGUAAAUGAGCUCAGAGAGAUGUGGCCGCAGGAUGUUGUCACCGAAGAAGAGUAUAACGUCAUCCGCAACGCUAUGAAGCAGCUCAAAUAUGUCGUGCAAGGUUACUACUGGUGCAAUAACGCUCUCCUAGUAAUCUUUUUAUCUCCACCAAUAGUGGAGAUCAUCAAGAGAGCUUUGGGAUACGAUGUCCCUUUGAUUCUCCCUUUCUUCUAUUGGUUCCCUUUCGACCCAUUUCAGAGAGUUUAUUACGAGAUUAUAUUGAUCUUUCAGACUUGGCAUGGUUUAAUAACAAUCUGGUUCAUGCUAUGCGGAGACCUGCUGUUCUGCAUCUUCCUCAGCCACAUAACGACUCAGUUCGACCUGCUGGCAGUCAGAAUUAAGAAGUUAGUCUAUGUGCCGCUGGACAGACAGUUGCUUGCAGAAUUCCCUUUAGGUGUUUAUAGUGAGCAAUUCUAUCAAAAAGAAAAAAGCGCCGUUGACUCGUGCGAUGACAGGGAAUGGGAGAAAAGACAUCAGAGGGAGAUUUCUGAAAUCAUCUUGAAACAUCGGGCAUUGAUCAGAUUGUCGGGUGAUGUGGAGAACAUGUUCAGCUUUGCGCUACUGGUAAAUUUCUUCAAUAGUUCCAUCAUCAUUUGCUUCUGUGGAUUCUGCUGCAUCAUUGUGGAGAAAUGGAAUGAGAUGGUAUACAAAUCGUUUCUGACCACUGCUUUGUCCCAGACCUGGUUGCUGUGUUGGUACGGGCAAAGGUUGCUGGAAUCGAGCACAGGUUUAUCAGACGCUUUAUAUAGCAGUGGCUGGUAUCGAGUGAGUAAGCGAAUUAGCAAUGCUGUAAUCAUUAUGAUCAAUAGGACACAAAAGGAGGUCCACGUUACUACUUAUGGAUUCUCUGUUAUGUCUCUGGCAAGUUACACUACGAUUAUCAAGACUUCGUGGUCUUACUUUACCCUACUUCUAAAUAUUUAUAAACAAUAA